AGGCUGCGCUGAAGCAGCAGCAGUUCAUCUCUCAUUUUCUGCUGUGCUUCAGAUCUUAGUGUGACGAGCGAGUGAGGUUGUGACAGAAGCCUGAUGUUGCAUUCGUGAAAUUGUGAGAAGCAAGAAGCCUUUCUCCUCGUCCUCCUCCUCUUCAUCACGCUUGGCGGUGUCACACUGUAUCUGGACAGCCCUGGUUUCAUUCAGUGAGGAGGCGACUGAGUCGUGGACUGUUUUUAUGGCACUUUGUUGAAGAGAUUGAGCGAGCAAGGAGAGCAGAAAGAGCAAAUCGCAGUCGCUGAGUGUUGCCGUGGCUUAUGGAGGCAGGGCAGGAUUGAAACGCAUCGGCUCACUCUCAGUUCUGUUGUUGAUUGCUCUUCUGUCCGGUCAGAGAUGGGCAUCCUGGGGUGCGGUGUACUCGUGUUUGCGCUCUUCUUUCAGUGCCAUAGCCGCAGUGUCCAAAACCCCAUGUUCAGGUUCAAGAGGUUUCAGGACAAUGACUGCUCAAGGACCAGACAUCCAUUUGUCCUGUCCAAUCCUUACAACUUUUCCCUCGAUAUUCGUUUACCAGGGGUGAUUCCAACAGAGUCUGACAGCUACUACUGUAUGGCUGUUCCUGUCCCCACGUCACAGGAGGCCUACAUAGUGGACUUUGUUCCCCAUGCCACUAUGGACACAGCCCACCACAUGAUUUUAUAUGGCUGCAAAACCCCUUAUGCCACCCAGGGAUAUUGGGAUUGUGGGAAAGAGCUGGGGACGUGUCGGGAUCAGACCAAGAUCAUGUAUGCCUGGGCCAGGAAUGCUCCUCCAACCAAACUACCCAAAGAUGUUGGCUUUAAAGUUGGAGGAGACACCAGAAUUAACUACUUUGUGCUGCAAAUUCACUAUGGUGAUGUCAAAAAUUUCAGAGAUCAUCAUAGCGACUGCUCAGGACUCACUUUAAGAAUGACUUCCAAACGACAGCCCUUUAUUGCUGGCAUGUAUCUGAUGAUGUCUGUGGACACCGUCAUUCCUCCAGGGAAGAAAGUUACCAAUGCAGACAUUGCUUGCACUUACACAUCCUCCCCGAUGUAUCCAUUUGCCUUCAGGACACACACACACAGCCUCGGUAAAGUUGUGAGUGGGUACAGGGUUCGAAAUGGACAGUGGACUCAGAUUGGACGCCAGUCUCCACUGCUGCCACAGGCUUUUUAUCCAGUCACCAACACCAUCGAUGUAAGAAAUGGAGACAUACUGGCAGCCCGUUGUGUGUUCACAGGAGAGGGAAGAACCGCUGUUACCCAAAUCGGAGGCACCUCCAAUGAUGAGAUGUGUAACUUCUACAUCAUGUACUACAUGGACAACACCCGUGCUGUGCCUUACAUGAACUGUGGAGAUGACGGCAGUAGUGAGCUGUUCCGAAACAUCCCUUCUGAGGCCAAUAUUCCCAUCCCGGUCAGUCCAGACCAUAUGAUGUCCAUGAAGCAUGAGUCAGCUCCUCAUAAAGAUGUUGUGGAGCUGCAGGAGCCCAAGAAAGAAGAGGAAGUUCUGGAUCAGGGAGCUCAUCUGGUGGAGGUGUCAGACUGGCCCGAGGCAGAUCUGCAGCUGGGACAGGUGUCUGGUCUGGCUCUCAACUCUAACGGUGACCUGAUCAUCUUCCACAGAGGAGAUCACAUAUGGGGAAUUAACUCCUUUAAUUUGAAUGGCAUCUACCAGCAGAAGGAUCUGGGUCCAAUCCAGCAGUCCACAAUCAUGGUGGUGGAUCCAGUCAAAGGAAAAGUGCUCAAAGCUUCAGGAAGAAAUAUGUUCUAUAUGCCGCAUGGAAUAACUACUGACAAGGACGAUAAUUACUGGGUGACCGAUGUGGCACUUCAUCAGGUAUUCAAACUGAGCAGCGACGGUAAAGAUCGGCAGCUUCUGGUUUUGGGAGAAGCCUUUGAACCAGGAAGUGACAAGAAACACUUCUGCCAGCCUACAGAUGUGGCUGUGGACCCUGUUACUGGAAACGUCUAUGUCUCAGACGGCUACUGCAACUCCAGGAUCCUCAAAUUCUCACCAGAGGGCAAAUAUAUCUCGCACUGGGGAGCAGGCUCCUCGGACAGAAAACGGCGCGCUUCAUUCUUGAUCCCGCACAGUCUGACCUUCCUGCCCGAUAAACAGGAGCUGUGUGUGGCUGAUCGAGACCAUGGACGCAUUCAGUGCUUCAUGGCAGAUACCGGCGAGUUUGUGAAGGAGAUCAAAAAAGAGCAGUUUGGAGGAGAAGUGUUCGCCAUCGCAUACUCGCCUGUCCAAGGUGGUCUCAUCUAUGCGGUGAAUGGAGUGCCUCGAGAUGGGCAGGUCGCCCCCCUUCAAGGCUUUGCUAUCAGUUAUUCAAGCAAGGAGAUCCUGGAUUCCUUCAGUCCAGACGCACAGGAAUUUAAAUUGCCACACGACAUUGUUGUUACAGCAGACGGGAACGUCUUUGUUGGAGACGCAGCAUCAGAUUCUGUAAUGAAGUUCGUUCAGUCUGCAAAGGCAGAACAUCGCUCGGUUAAAAAAGGAGGAAUCGAGGUCCAAGAAAUUGAAGAAACAGAAACGUUUUUGCAGGCCAAUCUGAAGCCGUUACCCAAGUUCCCAGCGCAGCAUCCAGUAGCCGGCGUGCAGAAGAUGCAGGAGCCGUCACAGAAGCAGCAUCAGCAGCCGCUGGCAGCUCCUGAGGAGAAGGAGACGAGCAAGACUGCAGCCAAUCAGAGCGCUCGGGGCGCGUCGACCACCAUCAUCACCACUCUACUGCUCGUCCCAUUGGUGCUCGUCAUCGCCGUCGGUGCCUUUAUCCGCUGGAAGAGGGGCCGGAUGUACAGUGAUGAUUGUCAGGUGAAGUUGGAGCCUUCAGGAUCAGCAGGAGGAAUCCUGGGUAAAAUCAGAGGCAAAGCUGCAGGAAGCUUGAACCUGGGGAAUUUCUUUGCCUCCCACAAAGGCUAUACCCGACACGGCUUCGACAGGCUCAGCACCGAGGGAAGCGACCUGGAGAAAGAUGACGAGGACGGCACCGACUCUGAGAACGAGGAGUACUCCGCUCCGCCGGCCCCGAUGUCCUCGUCCUAAAGAGCCAACGCUUUCUGCUAGUGCUGUCGGGAUCUACUUUAAUCACCUCUGUAUUUGUUUGUAUCGGCUGCUGAAACAUUUUAUCUUGUGUGAAAAUGUUGAAACCUACGACUGCGACUUUAAUUGAAGCUUUUAAGGGACCACGUGGAGAUUCAGAGCACUGGUCAUUUUGAGGAUAAAGAUAGUUGAUGAUUAUUUUUAACAGG